CGUGAAAACCUGUGCAGCCUGUAGUCUACCGAAAUCAAGCCCAUCAUAGCCUGCAGUAACCGUGCAAUCAAAACGGAGGAAAUCGCUCGAUUGCUUGACCUGAAAUUCGUCAUCUACUGGCCAAACCCUCCCAAAAGACAUGUUGUCCGCCAAUGUCAUCCGAUCUCGGCUUGUCACGAGCAUGCCAAAGAGCUCUCGUUCCCUCGCAUCUUCUGCAGUAAGAAAUGUCCAGCGAGUAUCAAAAGGCACAUCGCCGGCCGACUCGUCGCGCAAGGUCUUGUACUCCAGGGCCGCAGCUGGCUUUGCGGCUGGUCUGUCAAUCGCCUUGUACUCGGGAUGGACUGCACAGCAAAACGGGUCUCAAGCCGUUCAAUGCGAGAGUGUAGACGAUCUGAUUGUCAACCGCAAGUCUGACGAUGGCGAGACGAUGCGAAGAAAGAACAAGGUCGUCAACAACAUUGGAGAUGAGCAUGAUCCGACACGACCGAAAGAAUGGGAUGAUCCCGAGAAUCCUAUGCGUAUCCGCAUGAGCACCUGGGUGAUGGAAUUACAGGAUCGUAUCGUCAGCGGCCUCGAGGAGCUCGAGGCGUCUGUUCCACCCAACGAGCACAACUCGGACAUGCAAGCCCCCAAAUUCAAACGAGAUCAUUGGCUCCGUCCUCAAGGCGGGGAAGGCUCUUCUUGCGUGAUAAGGGGAGGACGAGUGUUCGAGAAGGGUGGAGUCAACGUCUCGGUCGUACACGGCAAACUGCCACCCGCUGCCAUCAAGCAGAUGCGGGCAGACCACAAGAGUCUCGAGAUCCCUGAGGAGGACAAGGACAAGAGCAUGCCCUUCUUUGCGGCGGGCAUCUCGAUCGUACUGCACCCUUGGAACCCCCACGCGCCUACCAUUCAUAUGAACUACCGUUACUUCGAGUUGGACAAGGCGAGCACACCCAAAGACGCCUUGGAUACCACUGCUGGUGUCAGCACCUCGUCUGGUAAGGCUGCCGAGCCCAUCGCCUGGUGGUUCGGCGGUGGCUCCGACUUGACGCCUUCUUACCUCUAUCCCGAGGACGCCGAGCAUUUCCACAACUCGAUCAAGCAGGCCGCAGAUGCGCACCAUACGGCGUACUACCCUGCUUGGAAGAAGUGGGCGGAUAAAUACUUCUACAUCCCUCACCGGGGCGAGUCGCGAGGUAUCGGCGGGAUCUUCUUCGACGACCUUACCACCAUCAGUGACAUCCAUACUGUCCCUGGUAAAAGGAUCGUGGGAUCCUUGGAGGCUGAAGAACCACUUCGAGAGCCCUCGGCCAACCAGAUUUUUGACAUUGUCAAGUCCAUGUCGAAUGGCUUCCUGAACUCCUACGUACCCAUCAUGAAGCGUCGUAUACACACGCCGGUGACUGAAGAGGAGAGGAGAUGGCAGCUCAUUCGACGGGGACGGUAUGUCGAAUUCAACCUGGUCUACGACCGCGGUACCAAAUUCGGGUUGUUCACCCCGGGAGCCAGGAUCGAAAGCAUUCUUAUGAGUCUGCCUGAGACAGCGCGCUGGGAGUACAUGUCCGACAUGGGCGUUGCAGGAGACGGCACUAGGGAAUCCAAGAUCAUGGAGGUGCUCAAGACGCCGCAGGACUGGGCUACGGUAUAGAUACAGACGUAUAGAGCCAGGCAUGUAUGUUCAUGUAGUAUCAUUCAGCACUAUGAAUCCCGUGCCCAAUAUCACAAAUCGAGCUUUGAGCCUUGAUGACCGUCUUUUGCCUCAGGUACGGAUUGGCGAUCAUCGAGCACAGCGUGUCGGGUCGUGCAGGAUGUCAUAGGCGAACUCUGGACCUUCCUCCCCAAGAUGUAGAGCCAAAAUCCCGUGUAAUGUAUUUGCUCGAGGUGUUAGGGACGAUACAUGAAAUGGAAUCGUCAAGUACUUUCAAAGUACAUCAGCGGGGAGGUUGAUUUGGAUCUUAGUGAUUGCUUUGUUGGCAAGCACUUUGUGGUAUUCCGGUACUACCAUAUGGUAGAUGGGUCACCACCUUGUAACUGCGCCUCCACCGCUGCUGUCAUCAGAGAGGGCUGCACAAGAGCUCGACGACAUGUAGUCUCAUG